AUGCUCGCUACCCAUGUUUGGCGCCCUCUAAGUGACUCGUAUGGACUCGAAGUGUUCAAACUUUGCGCGCCAUUAGACGGUCACAUAAAUGACCAACUGCCGCAAACAAUUGUGGCGGCGAGCUUUGCGCCCAUAGGCGCGCUGCAGUGGUUAUUUGGAGAUGAUGCCUGCAUCAGCAAGACCACAAAUUGUUUGGCGACGCUUGGCGUGCUCGGUGAGCUUGGGGCGCUUGCCAAACAUCCCAAAAUCGAAGCCCAUAACAUCCAGCCACAAAUGCUAAAAAAUCCCUCCCAAAUACAUAUUGAAGGUGCCAGUGAGGACCAUGAAGGAAGGUGUCUAAAUGAGGAGGUGAUGGUAGUGGUGGUGCACGGCAGUGUAGUAGGUCCAUCUGGAAUCAUUGUAAACCUGAACCCGAUUGGAUUUCCUGUGGACAGAGGGGAGAUGAUAAGUCUCCCCAUCAGUCCCUACUUUACCAUCCCCCACAUAAUCCACAUGGACUCCACUGGAUUCCACUGGAUUCCACUGGAUUCCACUGGACUUCACUACAUACUGGCAAUAUCCACAAAACUGGACUCCCAGCACAAAACUGGACUCCACUGGACUGCAAGCACAAAUCUGGACUGGACUGGACUGGACUGGACUGCAAAUUACAAAACUGGAUUCCACUGGACUCUCCCAACACAAAACUGGACUGGACUGGACUGCCACAGACCUAAGUUAAUCCAGAAUUCCUGA